GGCAAACUACCGUCAUCCCUGGUGGAAUGACACUCGGGAAUGGAACAAGUUAAAUGUUAUGUUUUAGUGGUUGUCUAAGAAAAAAGGUUAGUAAUCUCUGAACUUCUACAAAUGUAAGAAAAAAAACUUAAUAGAUGUCACCAAACUCCUGAACUGAUUUUUUGGGUUUAUGUCUUGGUCUCUAGAUGGACGGGGCCGCAAGACGUCAUGAUAACAUCGACGAUGGGAGGAACGACAUUCGAGAAUUGGCGCGGGUUAUCAGACACUCGCAGCGAGAACCCUACCCUAAGAUUGGCGUUCCGCUGUUCGAUGGAAAUCAUGCCUCUUCUUGGGCUGAUAAGUUUGAACAGUUGGGAUAUAGUAACGAAUGGACGGACGAAAAGAUGUUUCGCAUGAUCAAAAAGUAUUGUAAGGUGGAGUACCGGGAAGAGAUCGAUGAGCUGGUGCGAAUCUCCCGUGAUUGGCCAGACUUCAAGGCGCGGCUGUUGGAGAAAUAUCAACUCAGCGAUCGGCUGCUCGACCUGCAGGAUUUGAGAGCGGUGAAUCGUAAAAAGUUUGGUACUACCAAACAAUUCUUAUCGAAAUUUGAGCGUGUGGCUGACCUAAUCCCGGAUUUAUCCGACAAAGAUCGCUGCCUCAUCUUCCUUGACAACUUCAACGACGUCGAGCAAUCGAAGUUGGUUGAAGGGAUGCAAGGGAGGUAUGACUGGACGAAGAUUCAGAUGCGGCGACGAAGCAAGCAACUUCAGAGAGAAAGAGGGUCUGAAAAGGCAGUGGAAGAAGAGUUUAUCCCCGUUAGUGAAAACGAAGAGGAUAACGAGGAUGAGAGGUUGCGGGCCGAAGAGGAAGAACGGGCUCGUCCUCGUGCGCUGGAAAGGGAACCUGAGAAAGGGAAGGCCGAGGUAAGCGAGGAGAAGCCGCGAAAGAAGAAAAAACAUUUAUUCGAUCCCCGUGAUGCAGGGGAUCGAAUUGAGCAACUCGUCGAUAAGAUCAUGGAAAGUCAGCGCGACUUGGUCACGCUGAAGGAAAUUUUGGCGGUGUCGCCAAAAAUUCGAGAAGAAUUUAAACAGCGAAUGACUCGCAAGAUAAUCAUGACUGUUAAGCUCGACGAAGUCAUUCCACCGGAGGCUAACUGGUCCCCACCUGGGACAAAGAUGGAUUGGCGAACUGUGUCGACCGACCAUUCAAAGGUCCAGAUUGGACAACAAGAGUAUUCGACACUCGUGGAUGAUGGAGCCGAGAUGAACAUCAUUCGCGAGUGUCAUGCCAUUGAAGUUGGGUUGAAGAUCAACCAAGACGACUAUGGAGUUUUGGUAGGAGCUAGCGAAUCGACUUCAUUCUGCGGAACAGCCAGUGACGUUCUCGUCACGGUUGGAAAAGUCAGGGUCCGUUCUUAUUUCUACGUGUUACCUAGAGUGGAGCACGAGGUGCUUCUCGGAUGGGCAUUCCUAUGUCGGUCGAAAAGCAUCAUCAUUAACAAUCAUGAUGGAACCAUGUUUGUUAUCCUUUGCGAUCCUGUUUGCGGCUACUACGAGGUGGUCACGUGUGCGAACACUGGACCAUAUUGUUCGCGGAACCGGCUGAACCCGGAAUCUUAUAGCUUCCCGGAGUCAGAAAAACUGAAAAGGGAAAAAGAAUCACUAGGGGAGGAGUCGAAUCCUCGUGAGUUUUCGCUAACCCUGCCUGAUACUGGGCAGACAAUCGAUUUUGUGUCGACACAUGUGGCAAUCGAUCCAAAUGUGGUGCAAGCAUUGAUGGAGAUCAUCACGGACACCGGAAGCGCAUGAACUAUGUGCCUUGUUUACUCCCCAUCGGAGGGGAAUAGGGGAGAAGAUAAGGAACUGCCCUCCACUC